GUUGUUAUUAUUAAUUGUGUUAUUUUGAUUUUAAAUAACCUUAAGAGUAGACAGUGUUUACAAAAAUUAUAAGACUCAAAAUAUUAUUGUUCAAGAAGACUAAAAAAAAAUUUGUAUUGAUGGUAAUUAGCUAAUAUAAUUAAUUAAUAAAACAAUGCAAAGCAACAUACCUUUGACACCGGUCCAAUUGGACGUAUCAUCAGCACUGAAAUUGAUAAAAAACGAUGGGAUGUUCAAAGAACGCACACUGAUGGCCCGCAAUGACGCCUGGCACAGAAUAAAAAUUCUCCAUGGAAGUAAAUAUGACAAAGAAUUUGUACUAAAGUCCAUUCUUACCGCAGUCGAACCAGCUGACCUGAUACCUGUGCGUUAUCAGUCAAUAGGCGUAGACGACACCUGUUUCAUUGCACGAAACUGCGGUCCAGCAAUCGAGAAAUUAUGCAAAAAUAAUUUGAUUAUCAAGAUUCCCAACAGCGAUCCACUGAUUCUCGUGAUAACACUCGCGUUUGCAUCAAUACAGGACCUGAAAGUAGCGAUUCAGCCGCUGCUGAUAGCAUCCUUGACCAAAAGGUACGAUGCCGCGAAGAAAAGUUUGAAUUUAAAAAAUUUCCACCGUCAUGAAGACAUCGCCAAACAUGUCUACUGUCCACUGUCACAAACGCGUACCUUCAGUCAUGUUUUGAAACUGACCAAAACCGCUCUUGCGUCAUUUGAAUCCCUGAAUCUCCAGAACAACGACCUAGCCUGUCUAGCUGCGUUGGAAAGUCCCAUCUUGUCGUCAUUAAAAAAUCUUGAUUUGAGGAACAACAGUUUGAUGGGCAUUGAAACUCUCACCCCGCUACGGUCAUUGGAGAUAACAGAGCUCUGGCUUGAUGGUAAUCCGCUCUGUGAAAAUUAUUCCAGUGCUUCCCAGUACAUUGAGUCAGUCAAAAAAUACUGUCCCCAUUUGCUGAAACUUGAUGGCAUUGACCUGGAAAAUCAAAAUAUUCCACCGACUGUUGAAAACUAUUUUCCUAAUCGGAAUGUUGAGAAUUUGGUAAAACAAUUCGCGUAUCAUUUUUUUAUAAUUCAUGACCAGAUGGACAAGUCAACCCUGCGGGGUCUGUAUCACAAGCGGGCUUUAUUCUCACUUACUUUGAACAUAAACUCGGGAACUUCUAGGAAAAAUCUCGGGGCGUAUAUGAGUGACAACAGAAAUAUGGCAAAUCAGUCAGAUCUAACAAGGAAUCGUGAUUUGCUGUAUCUCGGACCGGAUGAAAUAAUCGGCGCACUGAAAAGACUCCCUCGUUGUCUUCAUGAUAGAACGUCAUUUAACUAUGACGUUAUUUUUGACGGUCGCGGUACUGUUGCUGUCACCGUGAAUGGCCACUUCAAGAUAGUUAACUCUGGUGGGCAAAUCCUGUCAUUCAAUCGAACCUUUAUUUUAAUGGCACAACCGGAUGAUGAAUUUGUUAUUGUCAAUGAUCAGUACCACGUGGACACCAGUAUCACACGUCCGAUUUCACCGAAUUUUGAAAAAAGACUGGCUGAAGACACUCAUGAACUGACGAGCAUGAGUCCAAGGGAAAAAAAUGAAAUGGUUGAGAAACUGAUAAAUGUCACGACCAUGAACAGAGAGUGGGCCUUUAAAUUUUUGGAAGAAACCAGGUGGGAAUUGAAACGCGCGAUCAUCAACUUCAUCAACGCCUACAGCUCUUCCAUGCUACCUAAGGAUGCAUUUUGAUUUUUUUUUUAUUUAUUUUUUCUAUUGAUAAUUUAAUUUUUUUAUACCUGAUGUAAAUAUAUAUAAGUGUAUGAUUAAAGAUAUUUUGAUAAGUUAUGAAUGGGAUUCUCAAUCAGUGACCCUCACUUUUUAAAAUAUUCAAUGACUUUUAACUGCCAUAAGUUAAUUAAAAUUUUGUUAAUAAAUCAAAAAAAAAUUCCAACAUUAAUCGGGAGAAUAGACGAGGUUGCAAUUUUGCAGAGACAGAAUUUUAAAAAAAUUACUUACAGUUGUCAUCAAUUAGGAGUCAAACGAAAUUUGGAAAAUAAAUUUUAGUCUACGAAAUUAAAAAAUUCGAAUUAUAAAAUUGACAUGAAGUUUUACUAAAAUUUAUUUAACUCCUAAUUGAUGACAACUGUAAGAAUUUUUUUUUAAUUCUCCUUUUUUCAAGUAAUGCUUCAAUGUUUUUUUUAAUUAAUUAAUAAAAUUUUAAUACACUAAUGACAGUUAUUUAAAAUUUUGAAAAAGUGGAGAGUAUUUUCUAAGAAUGCCUUUAAUUGAAAAAUUACUUACACUUGUCAUCAAUUGGUUGAACGAAAUUUGUAAAUAAAUUUCAGUAAAAUUUUGAUGUCAAUUUUAUAAUUCGAAAUGUCAAAUUUUGUAGGCUAAAAUUUAAUAAAAUUCGUUUAGUUCUCAAUUGAUGACAAUUGUAAUUAAUUUAAAAAAAAAUUUAAUACAACAGCUCAAGGUCAUUAAAUAUUUUAAAAGGGGGAAUUAAUUCCUUAAUUAAGGGCACUGUCUGAGAAUGCCUUUAAGUAAACAGUAAUAAUAAAUUUUGUAAUAACUGUAAUAAAUUAUAAAAAAUACCCAAUUAACUUUUUUUAUCUUGCUACCGAUCUUUUCUAAACUAGAUAAAUUAUUAAAGCCAGUAGUUUAUCAAAAGAGAU